CCCCCUCCAGAAAUCCACAUUUCAGUUGUUUGCAAGUUGAAAGGAAUGGCGUCUUGUGAAAUUAAAGAAAGUCUAGUGUUCAAUAACAGCACAGGGAAUGUAGGAUCAAAUGAUAAUCUUCAUAAAAUGGAUACAACGGACGUAGGGGCCUCAAACAACCAUGUCAACGAGGAGAAAAUGGAAGAUAUUCCGGCUGAAGAGAUGACUUCUCGAGAUUACUACUUCGACUCUUACGCUCAUUUUGGCAUUCACGAAGAAAUGUUAAAAGACGAAGUAAGAACUUUAACUUACCGCAAUUCGAUGCACCAUAACAAACACUUAUUCGCGGGUAAAACUGUGAUAGAUAUUGGAUGUGGGACAGGGAUUUUAAGUAUGUUUGCUGCUAAAGCAGGAGCCAAAAGGGUAUUUGCCAUUGAAUGCUCUAAUAUCGUCGAUUACGCCCGUAAAAUCGUCGAAACAAACAAACUCGAUCACAUUAUCACCAUAAUUAAAGGCAAAGUCGAAGAAGUGGAACUCCCAGACGGCAUUGAGAAAGUCGAUAUUAUUAUUUCGGAAUGGAUGGGCUAUUGCUUGUUUUACGAAAGUAUGUUGGACACAGUAUUAUAUGCUCGCGAUAAGUGGCUUAAACCUGACGGCCUAUUAUUCCCCGACCGCUGUUCCUUGUUUAUUACUGCCAUUGAAGACCGGCAGUACAAGGACGAGAAAAUCAACUGGUGGGACGACGUCUACGGUUUCGAUAUGAGCUCAAUACGCAAAGUUGCCAUCAGCGAGCCGCUGGUUGACGUCGUCGACCCGAAACAAGUCGUCACGAAUUCGUGCUUGGUGAAAGAAGUCGAUUUGUAUACCGUCAAGAAGGAGGAUUUGGAGUUUUGUGCACCGUUUAGUUUGGUAGUUCGUAGGAAUGACUAUGUCCAAGCUCUCGUCACUUUCUUUACCGUAGAAUUUACGAAAUGUCACAAAAGAAUUGGAUUUACAACUGCUCCAGACGCACCAUAUACGCACUGGAAGCAGACGGUGUUUUAUUUUGAAGAUUACAUGACUGUCAAAAAAGGUGAAGAAAUUAACGGAACGUUCACCAUGAAGCCUAAUCCGAGAAACAACAGAGAUUUGGACUUUGUUAUCGAACUUAACUUCAAAGGAGAAUUAUGCGAAGUUCACGAAAAUAACAGAUACCGCAUGCGUUAAUUUAUUUCCAUUUUUACUACAAGUGUAACUUCCCGAAAAAUAAUCUCAUGACUUCAAACAGGCCCAGAUUUUGACGCUAGUCUUAGUUUACAUUUUUAUGUUGGCACGAGACAUUUAUUUAUACGUGAUUUUCAUCAAAAUUUGCUUUUUUUUCUUGAUUUGAUUGCUGUCGGCAGCGUCAUAUUUAAGAAUCUCCUAAACAUUAUCAUAAGUUUCAAUUGUGAGUGUCCAAUUUUUUGUCUUAAUGAAAGUAUUUCGUUAAGAGUCUAGGUAGUUAAAAAAUGUGGAACAACUUGUAGGAUAAAAACAAAGAAUACUGUUUGUCAAAAACGACCUUCAGUGAGUUAGUUUGAAUACCCUUAAUAUUAUGAAUUAAGUAAUACUUGCAAAUUUCAAUUGUAAACCGUAAUAAUAAAAACAAAUCAUUUAAU